UGCUACAAUAAGGCAUGCUAGCCCUUGCCCUGCCUGAAGCCCCUCCUAUAUUGCACUGGUAUGCAAACAGCUGCCUAGCCAUGACACAGCACAUACAGGCCUCUGUGGACCUGCCAGCAUGGGGGACAUUUAAACUUUAAAGGGCCAACUGGACAGCUGGGUGUGUUCAAUCUCAAUGGGAGUGGAUGUGAGCUGCAUAUGCAUUCUCUACCUCAUCCACUCACUAUUAUACUCACUGGUAACACACACAAUAAGAACUAAGGGACCUGAGGACAUUUCUCCUGUCCUAUUUCCUUAUUGAUAUCACUUUAUGUACUGAGUUUAAACAUUAUCUUCUUCAUGAGACAACUUCAAGGACUGAGAAACCUCUGAGGGACACAUCUACAUCUCAUCGAAAACUCUUACAACAGUUUCUAUCUGGGUUGUGUUUGCUGCCACUUCAAGAUGGGUGCAUUUAUUGCCAAGAUGCUACUUCCUACAGUCAGCAGCCUGGUGUUCCUGCCUACAGCCAGUGUGGCUGCCAAGAGAGGCUUCCACAUGGAGGCCAUGGUCUACUUCUUCACCAUGUUCUUCAUUGCGAUCUACCAUGCAUGUGAUGGACCAGGACUCUCCAUCCUAUGUUUCAUGAGAUAUGACAUUCUGGAGUACUUCAGUGUGUAUGGUACGGCUCUCUCCAUGUGGGUCACGCUUAUUGCUCUGGGAGACUUUGAUGAACCCCAGCGCUCCAGUAUAACCAUGUUUGGAGUGUUGACAAUUGCUGUGAGGAUCUAUCAGGAUCGCUGGGGCUACGGGAUCUACUCUGGACCCAUUGGAUCUGCUGUCUUCAUCAUCACUGUCAAAUGGCUGCAGAAGAUGAAAGAUUUGAGGGCGGUGUAUCCUGAUAAGACAGUGUACACGCAGCAGGUCGGUCCAGGCUGCUGCUUCGGUGCUCUCGCUCUGAUGCUGCGUUUCUACUUUGAGGAGUGGGACUAUGCCUAUGUCCACAGUUUCUACCAUCUGUCUCUGGCUGUGUCCUUUGUCCUGCUGCUGCCGAAGAAAAACCGCUAUGCAGGGACAGGACGAAACGCUGCUAAGCUCAGCUGCUUCACUCUCUGCUGCUGUUCCAUGAGCCCUGGUACUUCUAAAGAGAAUGCAGACAAGCCGAAAAAGAAGUCAUCUCGGACCGUGUGGACAAUCCCAACUGAGAAGCUGUGGACACGAGGCUGUAGUACCCCCACCCUGCCUCUGUACAACCCUCCGCCCUCCACACCCAUCAAAGGGACCAGCAUCCGCAAGCUCAAAGAGAUGAAUGGUUGGAAGUGAAUGAAACAUAACUGUUAGGUCAGACGUAGCAGAAGUUCAUCAUGACGAACAGACAGACGCAGUGGUUGGAAACGAGCGGGAAAUGGGAAAAUCACCAAAUAACUGUCAGCCAAAUGCUGAUAAACUUGUAUGUGGCUGGUAAGCUAAUCUACUUCAGCAGGAAACCAACCAUCAUGUGGACGUUCCUUUCUACUCCAAAAAAAUUGUUUUUGGCUGGUAGAAUAUUUAAGGUCAACAGUGACUUUUGGAAUCCACCAGCUCCUGUAGCCAGCAGAUAAAGAAACAAAAGUAUCCUGAUAUGCUUCUAAAAUUUAAGGAUGGGAGCAAAAGGAGAAUCAGGCCUCCAGUACCCUCAAAGAACCAAUAAGAACACAGCCGUCUGAAGCGCUUGUCCAAAGUCGAGGAAAGGCAGCACGCUACAAAAGAACACACACAGCACGAACAGGGAGACGGUGGCUGAGACAAGCCAGUAAAACUGACUGGAAAAUUUAUGAGAAGAACAAACAGGCAGAUGUUUUAUCUCUCCAAAAUAUAUAAAUUGUCUUUCGAAAUGUUCCUCAAGGGAGACCCUUCGUCUGCUUGCCUCUGUCUGUCCAUCCCCCCUACUUUUUCCCUUUCCCCUCUCUCUCUUAGGGAAAGGACCAUGAGUCUGAAUUCAUUUAUGGGAAUUACAAGACUGUAAAGCAAAUUUUACUGGUUUUAUACAUCCUUAAGGUUCCAAAUGUGUCGUGUGGAGCAUCAGAUGUUGGAGUCAGGGGAGGUGGUAACCCAGACACUCAGUCUGUAACCUGACAGAAGCAUUUUGAUGUGUUUCUGGAUCAGCAGGUGACUCAUCUGUCUAUUAACUCUGGUUCACUGACUGCACAGCUUUGGCUAUGACCCUUGUCUGUAAUGUGCAUUGUUCAGGCCGUGUAAUGUUUCUGGGGAAAACUUUUAUCAAUAUAUUGUUAUUUAUUGUAGUA